AGUCGAUAACAGAUAAUAGAAAGGAAAGCAUCGAUUUAACCGGCUAACUGUACUGCUUUAAAUGUAAAUAAAAUUGACGAAACAAGCGUUAUUUACUAACUUUAGAAUUAUUCAAUUAUACGCUGUGUAAAUUAAUGAAAUCAAGCGCGUGAGAUUAUCGCAACAUAAAUAGAAUGUUGAAAUAUUUUUAUAUAGAUUAAAAUUAAAUCGAUUUCAAAAUACUGUCAAAAUGGAAGUUAUUGAACUUGUGUCUGAUGAAGAAAAAGCAGAAGAUAAUACAAAAGAGAAUAAAAAUCCUAAAGUUUAUAACAGUACUUGUAUAAAUUUUCAAUGUACCUCUGGAGCGGACAUGAGAUCGGCUCCUUCAUUUGCAUGUGCAUUUUAUGGAGUUAAUACAGAGAAGAAAAAAACACGUAUGAUAUGCAAAAGUUGUUUUACUGCUGCAUUGGAUCAUCAAAAGCAAUUAGUCUCAGCUUUAGUGGAUCACAAACCACUACUGAAAUGUGAAUUUCCGGAUCAUACAAUGGAAGUUGAAAUAUCUGAUAGCGAUGAUUCAGAUGAUGAAAAAAAGAAAGAUUUGAAUGAUGAGGAAAAGUAUAUACCCGAAGAUAUGCUUAUUAGUAUGGAGGAAAUGUUGAACAGUACAUUAAAAAAUAUUCUUACAAAGUAUGACGUUGAUUAUCAAAUUCAAGAAGCACACAAUGUAUUAAAAGAGCAAUUCAAUAAUAUAAAUGAGGAGAAUGAAGUUUUGGACAAAACAGUUAGAGACUUGAUGCAUACUAUGGACACAUUACGUAAUAGUUUAUAUGACGAAUUCAGGCCGCAAAUUCAAAUGCUUCAAGAACUACAAAUCGAUGAUGUAUCUUCGGAUAGCGGUUCCUAUCCAUUGGUGGCAACAAAAAAAGUUACACAAGUACGAGUCUCGCCUUCUGCAGUGCAGGAUAAUCAACCUGAGAUUCUGCCUAUCGAACAAGACAAUAAACAAGUCAUACAAUUAAACUUGCCUCCAACUGGUCCACUUGUAAGACCACAAAUCGACGUGGAUACCAUUGUAUAUAUAAUGAAGCACCCACUUAUGCCGUGGAUUAAGGGAAAGGUUCAAACUGUAGUUUCAAAGACUCCCUUGCACUGCCGUGUGAAGUUACUGCAAAAAAAGUACAAUGCGGUUAUUAAGUCUGUUUUCGGUAAGCAAACUGCAGCUGCUAUAAUUAGUUUAGUUAUAAUUCCAGUUGGUACACGAGUAGUUGCAGUCUUCCAAGAUGUUUCUUCCAGUAAUUUUUAUAGCGGAGUCAUAGCCGAACCGCCGAAAGCCACAAAUAAAUACAGGUAUUUGGUAUUCUUUGAUGAUGGGUACGCUCAAUACGUCGAGCAUGGACACAUUUAUUUAGUUGCUGAAUCUUCUCUCAAGGUUUGGGAAGACAUACCAAACGAAACUCGAGAUUUUGUGAAGAAAUACAUCGAGACAUAUCCCGAAAGACCGAUGGUAAAGCUCCAAACAGGCCAAGUGGUAAAAACAGAAUGGAACGGCAAGUGGUGGGUUGCCAGGGUAGUACAAGUUGACGCAAGUUUAGUGCAAAUGCAUUUCGACGCCGAUGGGAGGACAGAAUGGAUCUACAGGGGUUCCACUAGAUUAGGACCUCUGUAUCUCGAAUUCUUAAAGGCCAAUAUUAGGCAACAAGGACAUCACGCGGCUGUUAAUACACCAAGUCGACACCGACUUCCUGUUAUCUCUAAUAAGAGCAAUUUACCUUACGUGGAAUAUACAUCGAACGUAGAGAACGAAGAAGAAAGAGUUUCCCAGGCAGAGAAAGAUCUGACUCCCACGUUACCUGAAAGUGCGAGUAUACCUGCUUCGAUCGCACCGCAACAGACGCGCGCUGUCGCUAGAAAGAGUACUAGUAAAAAGCAAACUAUCGUGGAUGCAAAUACGUAUACUCCUACUACGGAAACAAAACCUUCGCACAGUAUAGUUUAUUAUCAGACACAAAAUAAAAUUCAGACAAAGAAAUUUGUUCCGCAUAAGUGUGGUCCUCAAUGCGUUCAGGGUAUAUCUUUUACACCUGACGAUUUAAGAGGAUAUUCGCCUCUUUCGAUACCGUUACUUUGUGGUUGGAAUCGUCAGCUAUGUAAAUAUCCUAAAGGAAAAAAAAUUACAGUAUAUCAAGCACCGUGUGGUGUCAGGCUACGAAAUAUGGAAGAAUUGCAUCAGUAUCUUCGUAAAACGGGUAGUCCAAUGUCGGUGGAUCUAUUUGAUUUUGAUUAUUGGGUACAUUGUUUAGCCGAGUUCGUUCUAGACAAGUGUUUUAUUAAUAUAAAGGAUCUUAGUUAUGGUGUGGAAAAUGUACCGAUACCGUGUGUCAAUGAAUUAGAUCACACUCAGCCAGAUACUAUAAGAUACAGUACUCAAAGAGAACCGACGGAAGGCGUUAACCUCAAUUUAGAUCCAAGCUUUUUGUGUAGUUGCGAUUGCGAAGAUGAUUGCGAAGAUAAAACAAAGUGUCAGUGUUGGCAAUUAACUAUACAAGGCGCUACUCUUGGAGGUAGAGUACCUAACACGUCUGUUGGUUACGUGUACAAACGUUUACCGGAACCAGUAACUACUGGAAUUUACGAAUGUAAUUCAGGAUGUAAAUGCGCUGUUAAAACUUGCCUUAAUAGAGUAGUGCAACAUCCAUUAACAUUAAAACUGCAAGUAUUCAAAACUGCUCCUCGAGGUUGGGGUAUACGGUGCCUAAACGAUAUUCCUCUUGGAUCUUUUAUUUGUAUAUAUGCUGGUAGAUUACUUACAGAACAGGGAGCCAACGAAGGUGGUAAAAAUUAUGGAGAUGAAUAUCUUGCCGAAUUGGAUUAUGUUGAAGUAGUGGAAGGAAUUAAAGAAGGUUAUGAAAGCGAUGUUCUCGAGCCAGAAAUGCCGAUAUCUACUCCCGAAGACAAAAAGAAAUCAAUUACGAGCGACGAUGAAGAUAACACGAAAACAAAUGGCAAUGAUUCGGAUGAAGAUUUCGAUAUCACUAAAUAUGCAAAUUUCAAUGUAGAUUCUACGGAACCUUCUUCGAUUAGAAAACGGCUUAGGAAACGAAAACGAGGCGAACCCAACAACCUUGACGGAUCUGAAGAAAACAGCGAAGAUGGUAAUAGUACUAAAAAUUCCGAAACACUCGCGAAAGCCCUUGUCAUCGAGAAUCGUUCGACCGAGCACGAUACGAUCACGAUAAGCGACGAAGAAGAAACCAGAAGUGGUCGACGUGAACCAAGCAGAUUCGAGCCAACAGUAGAGCCAGCACAAUUAGAAAGACCUACAUUUAAAUCGGUAAGAGACUUUUUCGGAGAGGAUGAGGCUGUUUAUAUAAUGGACGCUAAAACAACUGGAAAUAUUGGACGCUAUCUAAAUCAUUCCUGUGAUCCAAACGUAUUCGUGCAAAAUGUGUUUGUUGAUACGCACGAUGUUAGGUUUCCUUGGGUCGCAUUUUUUGCUUUAAAUUACAUUAGAGCGGGCCAAGAAUUGACAUGGAAUUACAGCUAUGAUGUUGGAAGUAUACCAGGGAAGGUUAUUAUUUGCAAGUGUGGCGCGUCUAACUGCAGAGGUCGACUUUUAUAAUCUUUACAUAGGAAUAAUAAAAUUAGGGUCUAUAAAUGUAGUUGUCUUUUUUUUAAAUAUACAUUCUACAGUAUUAAAUUAUACACGAUAUUAAAUAAAGUACAUUGUUUAUUAUUAGAA